AUGAAGAUUGAAAGCAUCUGCAAAAAGUUUCUAUGGACAGGGGAGGUAGAGGGGAACAAGAAGGCUUUGGUCUCAUGGACACAACUUUGUUGGCCAAAAACUGCAGGAGGCUUGAACAUAACAGACAUAGUUACUUGGAACAAAGCAGCAAUCCUGAAGCAAAUGUGGAACCUAUGCAAUAAGAAGGACAGAUUAUGGAUCAAGUUGAUGCAUAUCUACUAUAUAAAGAAAGAGAAAACAUGGAAUGUGAAGGUUAAUCAAGCAGCAUGGACAACUCAGAAGAUUUUAAAAGAUGGGAAGUACCUGACAGAAGCAAGAAUCAAUGUUGAAGAAGUAAUGUCUGGGAAGGACUACUCAAUAAGAGAAGUGUAUAACAAGAUGAGGGGUGAAUUCACAAAGGUCAUUUGGAGGAGAUUAAUUUGUAACAACUGUAGUAGUCCAAGGUGGAUAUUCAUUAUGUACAUAGCUGUCCAAAACAGGCUAUAUACUAAGGACAUAUUGAUGAAAUGGGGUAGUAUUACAAGUGCAGAAUGUGUGUUGUGUGAAGCAGUUGAUGAAAGCCAUGACCAUCUAUUCUUUACGUGCGAGUAUUCAAGCAAUGUGUGGGAGAAAGUAAUGAAGUGGGCUGGAAUAGGAAGGAAAGCCAGGAUAUGGUCGGAAGAAAUAAGCUGGGCCAGUACAUAUGCAACAGGGAGUAAAUCAGAUGAAGCUAUAUAUAGAAUGAUCCUAGCUGGAGCUGUAUACUACCUAUGGCAAGAGAGGAACUGGAGAAUUUUCAGAAAGAAGAAAAGGAAAGCUGAAGAAUUAGUGAGAAUGAUCGUUCAAGACAUACAUUGCAGAGGCUCAAAGUGGAUAAAAUUGGAGAAGAAACUACAAGCACUGAAUUUCUAUCCUUAG